AUGAGCGCACCUCAGCAAAACGAAGCGGAAAAGAAUAUCGAGAUCUGGAAGGUCAAGAAACUUAUCAAACGCCUCGAAGCGGCCAGGGGCAAUGGCACCUCAAUGAUCUCUCUCAUUAUCCCACCCAAGGAUCAAGUCUCUCGCGCUGCCAAAAUGUUGGCUGAAGAAUUCGGCACUGCCUCCAACAUCAAGUCUCGCGUCAACCGUCUCUCGGUCCUCUCCGCUAUCACUUCCACCCAACAGCGUCUGAAGUUGUAUUCCAAGGUUCCUCCGAAUGGCUUGGUGGUAUACUGCGGUGAAAUUAUAACCUCGGAAGGAAAAGAAAGAAAGAUCAACAUAGAUUUCGAGCCUUUCAAGCCCAUCAACACCUCUCUCUACCUCUGCGACAACAAAUUUCACACUGAGGCCCUAAGCGAACUCCUCGAGUCUGACCAGAAAUUUGGCUUCAUCGUCAUGGACGGCAACGGCGCGCUCUUUGGGACUCUGAGCGGAAACACCCGAGAAGUCGUUCACAAAUUUUCCGUCGAUCUGCCCAAGAAGCACGGUCGAGGUGGUCAGUCUGCCCUACGUUUCGCCCGUCUCAGAGAAGAAAAGCGACACAAUUAUGUGCGAAAAGUCGCAGAGUUGGCUGUUCAGAACUUCAUCACAAAUGACAAGGUCAACGUUGCGGGCCUCGUCCUUGCCGGUUCCGCCGACUUCAAAAAUGACUUGAAUCAGUCCGACAUGUUCGACGCACGUCUUCAAGCAAAAGUCAUCAAGGUAGUCGACGUGUCGUAUGGUGGUGAAAAUGGAUUCAAUCAAGCCAUCGAUCUCGCCUCCGAGACUCUUGGUAAUGUCAAGUUCAUUCAAGAGAAGAAAUUGAUUGGCAAGUAUUUCGAGGAAAUCAGUCAAGACAGCGGUCGCGUCUGCUACGGUGUCGAAGACACAUUGAAAGCUCUCGAACUUGGUGCGGCCGAAACACUGAUUGUUUACGAGAAUUUGGACGUAACUCGCUGGGUUCUGAAGGCCUCGGACGGCUCAGAGAGGAUUUUGCAUACCACCAAGGCUCAAGAAGCCAAUCGCGAACAAUUCAUGGACAAGGAGACCGGUCAAGAAAUGGAAGUCGUUGACCAAAGCUCGUUUCUUGAAUGGCUCGCCGAGAAAUACAAGGACUUUGGCGCCACCCUAGAGUUCGUUUCGGAUCGCUCCAGCGAGGGCAAUCAAUUCGUGAAGGGAUUUGGUGGUAUUGGCGCCAUUUUGCGCUACAAGGUCAACUUUGAGCAGUUGAUUGACGCUGAUGACGAAGACGAAUUCUAUGAUGAUUGA